CUCAAGAUCGAAAACACACACACAAAAUCCCCAGUCUUGAUCCCUUUUGGCUCAGAGAUUCAGAUCUUGGGAGGCAACCUCGUAGGAUAAAGCUAAAAGGCUCUUACUUUAUUCGUUGUUAGGUUCAGCUUAGAAUCUAUGGGUAGGCACGAGGAAGAGGAGAGAGUGAGGAGGAGGAGAAGAGAUCGAAGCCCAGAUGAGAGGCGUCGGGUUAGGGUUUCUGAUGAUGACGACCGCAAGGGCUCGCGAAGAGAUCUCGAGAUCGGUCGUGGAGGAGAUAAGGUGAGAGCAGACAGCUCUUCAGAUGAGGAAUCAGCUAGGCGGUCGAGAAAGAAUCGAAGAGAAGAAGACUCUGGUUCUGAGAGGAGGGGAAGUAAGAAUAGAGUUAGAAGAGCAGGCUCUUCUUCUGAUGAAGAAGAUGAGAAGCAUCCUUCAAAGGGUACUGAAGAUGGAAGAAAGACUGGUAGAGGUUUGGAAGAUGAAAAGGAUACUAAAGAUGAUUACGAAAGGAAGAGAAGCCCCAAAGGCAGGGAGAAGCAUCAUCAUAGAGGAGGUAGAAGAGAAGUUGACUCUGGUUCUGACGAUGAUGAUACUGGUGUUGAGAGGAGGAGGGCAAGUAGAGGAAGAAGUAAGGAUAGAGUUAGAGCAACAACCACUUCUGAUGAAGAAGAAGAAGAAGAAGAUGAGAAGCAUCUUUCAAAGGGUACUGGAGAUGGAAGAAAGACUCGUAGAGGUUUGGAUGAUGAUUACGAAACAAGAGGAAGGAAGACAAGCCCUAAAGACAGGGAGAAGCAUGACAGAGAGAGGAGUCAUAGGGGUAGUAGGGUCGUAGCUGAUAAGCCUUCUGAUGAAGAAGAAGAUGGCAGGCAAAAGGGUACAAGAGGUGGGCGAGAAAGUGAGAGGAAACGUAGAGAUCAUCAAGCAUCUGAUGCAGAGAUUAGAAGAGGGAGAGAGAGGAGGACCGAUAGAGGUAAUGAAGGUCUCUUAAAGAGGGAUCGUAGGGAGAGAGACUGGUCUGAUAGGCAUCGUAGAGAUGAAAAGGAGAGGCGACAGAGCGAUAGAUAUGAUGAUACUCAAAGAGACAAGUUGAGAAAGGACGCUCAGAGUGAAGUUGCGAAGCCCAAGCUGCCAGAACUCAAUCCUUCUGAUAGCAACGCUACGGCUCUAGGGAAAACUGGUGGAGUUUAUAUCCCUCCAUUCAAGCUAGCACGCAUGAUGAAGGAGGUGGAUGACAAGAGCAGCGUAGAGUAUCAGCGUCUUACAUGGGACGCUCUCCGUAAAAGUAUUAACGGGCUGGUGAACAAAGUCAAUGCGAGUAACAUCAAGAACAUAAUACCUGAGCUGUUUGCUGAGAACCUCAUCAGAGGAAGAGGGCUUUUCUGCCGUUCAUGUAUGAAGUCUCAGAUGGCGUCUCCUGGAUUCACUGAUGUCUUUGCAGCUUUGGUCGCUGUUAUCAACGCCAAGUUCCCUGAAGUUGCUGAACUUUUACUGAAGAGGGUCGUUUUGCAGCUUAAGAGAGCGUAUAAGCGUAAUGACAAGCCACAAUUGCUAGCUGCUGUGAAGUUUAUAGCACAUCUAGUGAACCAGCAAGUGGCUGAGGAAAUCAUUGCACUUGAGUUAGUCACUGUACUUCUUGAAAACCCCUCUGAUGACAGCGUCGAGGUGGCUGUUGGAUUCGUUACAGAGUGUGGUGCUAUGCUUCAGGACGUUACACCAAAAGGAUUGCAUGGGAUUUUUGAGCGUUUUCGUGGUAUACUGCACGAGGGAGAGAUAGAUAAGAGAGUUCAGUAUUUGAUUGAAGGGCUCUUUGCUAUAAGGAAAGCGAAAUUUCAGGGACAUCCUGCUGUUCGUCCUGAGCUGGAUCUUGUGGAAGAAAAAUAUUCACAUGAUAUAUCUAUUGAUGACGAAAUAAAUCCUGAAACCUCUCUUGAUGUUUUCAAACCUGAUCCUGACUUCAUUGAGAACGAAAAGAAGUACGAGGGGCUGAAGAAGGAAUUACUUGGUGAUGAUGAGUCCGACGAUGAAGAUGGCUCUGAUGCUAGUUCAGAGGAUAAUGAUGAGGAUGAAGAUGAGUCUGAUGAAGAAGAUGAAGAACAGAUGAGGAUAAGGGACGAGACAGAGACUAAUCUUGUCAAUCUCAGGAGGACAAUAUACCUGACCAUUAUGUCUAGCGUUGAUUUUGAGGAAGCAGGUCACAAGCUGCUUAAAAUUAAACUCGAACCAGGCCAAGAGAUGGAACUAUGCAUAAUGCUUCUGGAAUGUUGCUCUCAGGAGAGAACGUACCUGCGCUACUACGGUUUGUUGGGUCAGCGUUUCUGUAUGAUCAACAAAAUCCAUCAGGAGAAUUUUGAGAAAUGUUUUGUUCAGCAGUACUCCAUGAUCCACCGGCUUGAGACGAACAAGCUGCGUAAUGUGGCUAAGUUCUUCGCCCAUUUACUGGGCACAGAUGCACUUCCCUGGCAUGUGCUUGCCUACAUUCGGCUAACUGAGGAGGACACAACUUCAUCCUCACGUAUCUUCAUUAAGAUCCUCUUUCAGGAACUGUCAGAACAUUUGGGGAUUAAGCUGCUUAAUGAGAGGCUUCAGGAUCCAACAAUGCAGGAGUCACUUGAGUCCAUCUUCCCUAAAGACAAUCCAAAGAACACGAGGUUUGCUAUCAAUUUCUUUACCUCCAUUGGUCUCGGAGGCAUCACGGAGAAUCUGAGAGAGUACCUGAAGAACAUGCCACGACUCAUCAUGCAACAGCAGAAGCAAGUUGCAGAAUCAGAAUCAGACAGUUCUGGUUCCGAGUCUGAUUCUGAGUCAGAGUCAUCGUCUUCUUCUUCUUCUUCUUCUAGUUCAGAUGAAAGCGACAGAGACAAGAGGAAGCGAAGAAGAAGAUCUUGAGAGGGUGCUUUGUUUCAGUUUCAACCAAAAAUCUUCAAGUUCUUGUGUUGGUUGGUUAUUCAACUUGAAUUUACAUGAGCAGUCGUUUGGUUCUGUUACUGGAUAAGCUCUGAUGAACAAAGAGACUAUAGACAAGCUAAGACGAUCAAAGGUUGUGAACGGAAAUGUUUUCUUCUUUGUUACUAUGAUUGUUUUCAAGUUUUUUUUUUUUUUGAUCAAACGUUUUCAAGUUUAAAAUAUAACCCUUUCAGUAAAAUUUGAUCUUUGUUUUCUAGA